GCCCUGAAUUGGAGCUUCUCUGCUGCUCUCCUGGACUGUUUUCUGGCAUUCCACGUGUCUCUGUUGCAGCGGAGGCAGGAAGAUUUCUCCUCUCCCGCUCCCUGGACCAGGGCCUCACGAUGCAUCAGCUUGGAAUCCUGCCCACAAAGGCCUGGGCAGCUCUGGCCUGCCAGUUUUUAAGACUUCCCCAAGUGCGGACAGUAGCCAACUUGCCUCACGGCCAGGUUGAAGAGCCUGCACUGCUGCCCCAGCUCGAACCGGAGAGAAGGAAGUUAGAUUCGCUUGUCAAGACACCCAAGGGCACUAGAGAUUGCAGACCCCAGCAGAUGGUCUUGAGGGAGAAAAUCUUCAGCACCGUCAUCAGCUGCUUCAAGCGCCAUGGAGCGGAGGAGCUGGACACCCCGACGUUUGAAUUGAAGGAGACCCUCACGAAGAAGUACGGGGAGGAGUCGAAGCUCAUCUAUGACCUGAAGGAUCAGGGUGGAGAGCAGCUGUCCUUGCGCUAUGACCUGACUGUCCCCCUGGCUCGUUACCUGGCGAGGAAUAAAGUGAAGAAGAUGAAACGGUACCAGAUCGGCAAGGUGUUCCGCCGGGAGGCCCCGUCCGUCGUCCAAGGCCGCUACCGCGAGUUCUUGCAGUGUGACUUCGACAUCGCCGGCCAGUUUGACCCCAUGAUCCCCGACGCGGAGUGUCUGAAGAUCGUGUGCGAGAUUCUCAGCGGGCUGCAGCUGGGGGAUUUCCUUAUCAAGGUGAAUGACCGGCGGGUAGUGGAUGGGAUGCUGGCCGCCUGCGGCGUCCCCGACAGCCGGCUCCGCACCAUCGGGCUCUCGCUGGACAAACUGGGCAAGAUUUCGUGGGAGGAUGCGAGGCGCGAGAUGGUGAGCGAGAAGGGCCUGGCUCCAGAGGUGGCCGACCGGGUUGGGGAAUACGCUCGGCUGCGUGGCGGGGUGUCCUUGGUGGAGCAGCUCCUGCAGGAUCCCCAGCUGGCACAGAACAAGCAGGCCCGGGCCGGACUGGAGGACCUCAACCUGCUGUUCGACUAUCUGACCCUGCUGGGUGUGGCUGACAGGGUCUCCUUCGACCUGAGCCUGGCGCGGGGCCUGGAUUACUACACGGGGGUCAUCUACGAGGCCGUACUGGUGCAGCCCCCGGCCAAGCAGGGGGAAGAGCCGCUCGGCGUGGGCAGCGUGGCCGCCGGCGGGCGCUACGACGGGCUCGUGGGCAUGUUCGACCCCAAGGGCCACCAGGUGCCCUGCGUGGGGCUCAGCAUCGGGGUCGAGCGCAUCUUGGCCAUCGUGGAGCGCAGGUUGGAGGCGUCCAAGGAGACGGUGCGGACCACAGAGACCCAGGUGCUCGUGGCGGCGGCCCAGAAGAGCUUCCUCAGAGAGAGGCUGAAGCUCAUCGCGGAGCUGUGGGAUGCCGGGAUCAAGGCGGAGCUGGUGUACAAGGACAAUCCCAAGCUGCUGCCCCAGCUGCAGCACUGCGAGGCCACGGGCAUCCCGCUGGUGGCCAUCGUCGGGGAGCGGGAGCUGAAGGACGGCGUGGUCAAACUGCGCACGGUGGCCAGCCGGGAGGAGGAGGACGUCCGGAGGGACGCCGUGGUGGCAGAAAUCCAGAGACGAAUAGCGGAGGCCUGAUGGUCCAGCGGCGUCACCGAUCCAUCUCCACCGGUCGGGUGUCAACCCCAGAGACACAUAGGCCGACUUCUGCCUGCCUUCCCAUGACCUGAACCCAGCCCCGUCCACUCCCGCAGGAGGAAUGGAGACCGGGACCACCCUGGGCACAGAGGAACGCCACAGACAGGCCCGGAGGCUCCAGGGUCCCCAAGACAAGACCCGUGGCCGUGUGGGACGCGGCCUAUGGCCGGAGAGAGUGGCCAAGCCUGGCGGGGCUCUGGGUGACGUGAUGGGGCAAAUUGGAAAUAAUCUGGUAAUACCACAAAUCUGCUUUCA